AUGAAACCGGACGCGUCCGGCUCGGACGACGACGCGGAGUACACCAACCAGGCCACCAUGCGCAUCGACGACCUGCAGCGAGGGAAGUACCCGGUUAAGAUGCGACCGAAGCCGGUGAAUGGCGAUGUGCGGGUGCCAACAGCUAAAGUGCGACAGCAUCCAAAACUACCGAAAAAUCGGUCCCAGCUCGGCAGUGACUUCGUGGCGCCGGACGGAGGCUGGGGCUGGAUGGUGGUCCUGGCGGCCGGAUUUUCCAACCUCUGCACCUUUCCGGUGCUGCAGCAGUUUGGGCUACUGUUCAAGGAGCGCAUGUCCGAACUCUCGAUCAACGCGUCCGAGGUGACGACCAUCAUCAACACCCACUCGGCGCUGACAUCGAUCGUCGGGCUGGCGAACGGGCCCAUGUUCCGCCGGUUCACCUACCGCCAGGUGGCGUUCUUCGGCGCACUGCUCGUCGGUGUGGCCGUCACGCUGACCGCGCUGGCGAGCAGUUUCACCGGCUACAUGCUCACCUUCGCCAUCCUGUACGGUGCCGGUGUCGGCAUCAACGCGUCGGCGAACUCGCUCGCCCUCAACACGUACUUCAAGCAGAAGCGCCGCAUUGCCACCGGCUUCGCCUGGACCCUGACUGGCUUGGGACCGAUUGUGGCGCCCCAUCUCAUCACGCUGCUACAGCGCCACUUCGGCACCAACGGCACGGUACUGUUGUUCGGCGGGUUCGCGAUGAACGCCGUAGCCUUGGCCCUGCUGUACCAGCCGGUCCAGUGGCACGCUCGGACACCCGUCCCGACCGGCGAUGACCCCAACCUGCCGGCGACGCCGGCACCGAGCGCUCGCUGCAGCUACUGCCAGAGUGCGCACGACCCCCGGGGAGUUCCGUUCAACACGCUCCCGAUCGAGCGUAGCCGGCAGGAACUGCUCGGGUAUGACGCGGUGGUGGAGACCGGCACACCGAUGCUGUCCCGCGCCAACGAUGGCUGGUACUCGCGCAGCUCGCUCCGGUCACUGUACGGAUCGCGCCUCAGUCUCACCACACCGCGCUACCUUUCGCUGCGACCCUCGAUGCUCAACCUGGGCGACGUGAAGACGUACGUCGCAAGCCCGGCCGGGGUGGCGGUAGGCAAGGUCACCAUCGACGAGUGCCACACGGAGGACUGCCCGACCGUGCAGGCCGAGCAUGAGCCCCUUCGUCGGCCCACGAUCGUGGAAGGCCUGGACACUACCGGCGGCGGGUACCACGGCCCGCCCAAGGCUUCGACCGUGGCGGCCAAUCUGUCCAGCCUGGCGUCCUCCAAUACACCGCCAGCACUGCCGCGCAAACGCGACAACCCGCCUGGAACUGGCGAAAAGGAUGUCCUCAAGCAGGCGUCCAAGCGGCUCGCCCAGCUGGUCGAGGACUCCAAGCGCACCUGCACCUGCUCCGAGGUGCUCAAGUCACUCAUGGCCGACGAUGGGCAGCAGCAGCCGGCAGAACCGCCGCCUCUAACGCUGCUCCAGCGCAUUGCCAUCUUCUUCGACCUCGACCUACUGCGAGACUUCGUCUACCUCAACAUCAUGGUCGGCAUCACGCUAGCGAACUUCGCCGAGCUGAACUUCUCCAUCCUGACGCCGUUCGUGCUGGCCGACUUCGGCUGCACGCGGGACCAGAUCGCCAUGGCCAUGUCGGUGCUCGGCGUCACGGACAUCACCUGCCGGUGCAUCAUACCGCUGCUGGCCGAGCGCAUCAGCUGGCAGAAUCGCACGUUCUUCCUGAUCGGCGUUAUCAACAUGGCGCUCGGGCGCAUCGUGCUGGCCCACUUUCACAGCUACCCGGUAGUGCUGACCGUUGCCUGCUGGAUCGGGUUCAACAAGGGCCUACGGACGGUCUUCAUGGCCCUGGCCAUCCCGUCCCACGUAUCCCUCGAUCGGCUGCCCGGUGCCACCGGCAUCCAUCUCCUUUUCGCCGGUCUAUUCUACUUCUUCGUCGGACCGCUUGUCGGCUUUGUGCGAGAUGCGACCAACUACGCGACCACACUGCACGUGCUGAAUAUCGCCACGUUCGCGAUGGCAAUCAGCUGGUGUCUGGAGAUGUACUAUUUCACACCCCGCCAGCGCCAGCGGCAGGCAGCGACGAAGUCGCCGAGCUGAGAGACCUCCCCGCUGCUGGAAGGUGAAUAAAACAAGGGUGCAUUUACUACAAGUAGGUCUAUCUAGCAUCUAAGAAGGUUGUCUGGCGC